AUGGCAGCAGAAAAUACCGAGCGGUUUGCUAUACGGGUCACUGAGAUCAUCAAAACCUUCAUGUCUAUUGUCACUCAGGCGGGCGAUGUCCCCAAGUCUGCGACUAUGUUCCGGGACAUUCAACGGCACGAUCCUGAUGAAUUGGUACAAACCGUUCUCAAAUACUUCCCAUAUCAAGUCCAGAUCCUGCUUGGUAGCACGGAGACUAAGACCGUCGCAACUCUCAUCCAGCAAUAA